CCCCACACCCUCGCCGAUAUAAAUACUCGCUGCCUACGCGAAAGUUGACACAACCCACUCUCUCCAAUCUCUCGUUCUCUGUAAAGGCGCUUUCUUUCUGUUUGGAAUCCACUGAAAUUCUGUAAUCAUGUUGGUCUAUCAAGAUUUGCUCACAGGUGAUGAACUUCUCUCUGACUCUUUUCCAUAUAAGGAAAUUGAGAAUGGAGCUCUUUGGGAAGUCGAGGGAAAGUGGGUGGUCAAGGGAGCUAUUGAUGUAGACAUAGGUGCAAAUCCUUCCGCCGAAUGUGGUGAAGAGGAUGAAGGAGUGGACGACCAAUCUGUCAAAGUGGUCGAUAUUGUUGAUACCUUCAGGCUCCAGGAGCAACCGCCUUUCGACAAAAAACAGUUUGUGGCAUACAUCAAGAAGUACAUCAAAUUGUUGUGUGCCAAGCUGGAAGGUGCGGAGCAGGAGCAGUUUAAAAAGAGCAUUGAGGGAGCAACAAAGUAUUUGCUUGCCAAGAUCAAAGACCUCCAGUUUUUUGUCGGAGAGAGCAUGGCGGACGACAGCACCUUGGUGUUUGCGUACUACAAGGAAGGUGCCGUCGAUCCAACAUUCUUGUACCUUGCGCAUGGUCUGAAGGAAAUCAAGUGUUGAGUAGCAAGGGCGGCGUCCCGAGUAACUAUAGAUUUUUUUAGUUUUUGGUUUUUAUAUAAUAUUAGUACUUUUCUAUGUUUGUUUCUGUUGCUCUUUUUUAUUUUUUACUUUGACUUGUAAAAGUAUAGCAAUUUUGCUCUUUGUGUCUCCAUAAUUUACUUUUCAUAUGUAAUUUCUUUGAAUAUGCUCGAUUCCCUCCA